CUUCCUUGAUCAGAACGUGUACGACGUUUAGGUGAUUAUUUCUUUUCCUGCCGACAUUGUCACGAUGAUCAAAGUCACAUCUUCAAAAUUUGCUCAGUAUGUGUAUCUCGUUAUAACAACAUUGUGAGAAAUUGAGAAGAUUCUUGCAAAAGAGAAACAUAACCUUUCGCCCUGCAAUCAGUUAUCAGUUUUACUCUUUAAAAAUGUAGAAUAUAAUAAAUAUAUUAAUAUAUAUUUAGUUUACUGAGGCAGCCACUCUGCAAAGUUGUCAGAAGCGAUAACGUGAGGAAAUACAUGUUACACAGUUUGUUUCUCACGUGCACGCAAUGCCAGCGUUUUCAUACAACCCCACAGUAUUUCAAGGGCAAGCCAAAGAGGAAGAUAAUUCCUUUCACCCAAAUCAAACCGAAGGCAAAACUGCCAGUUGUGGAUAUAUGGAACAGAAUGACGGUGUCAGAGCUGGCAACGUCCACAGAAAGGAAUAUAGAUGAUGUCAUGGAAGCAAUUUCUCUGACUGAUUCAGUUGGACAUUACAAUAAGAAUACUGUCGUAGAGGAUCCGAAUGUAUUAUACAAAGCUGUGCGGAAACUUGGUUUAAAGUUUAAAGUGAUUCCUAGUCCCGAUAGCAAAGUGGAGAAGAGUACAAAGGACUACAAUGUUGUUAAGCGGCCUCCACCGGAUGAAUCUGUACUGAUAAAACGUCGUCCAGUGGUAACGAUUAUGGGCCAUGUUGAUCAUGGCAAAACUACGUUGUUGGAUACAUUACGUAACACAUCGGUUGUAAAGACGGAGUUUGGUGGUAUCACUCAACAUAUUGGAGCUUUCAAUGUAACGUUGAAAACGGGGGAAACAGUUACAUUUUUGGAUACUCCUGGACACGCCGCCUUUAAUAUUAUGCGAAUGAGAGGCGCGCAAGUGACUGACAUUGUAGUAUUAGUGGUGGCAGCGGAUGACGGCGUAAUGGAGCAAACCAUAGAAAGUAUACAUAUGGCAAGAGCUGCGAAUGUCCCGAUUAUUGUAGCUAUCAACAAAAUUGAUAAACCGGAAGCCGACAUUACAAGAACGCAAAAAAUGCUUGCGCAACAGGGGAUUCAAGUGGAGGCAAUGGGCGGAGACAUUCAAAGCAUUAACAUAUCAGCUUUGCACGGAACCAACCUAGAUAUCUUGACAGAGGCUAUAGCAUUGCAAGCCGAACUCGUGGGAUUAAAAGGUGACCCGACGGGGUUAGUCGAAGCUGUCGUAAUCGAGUGUUCUACCGAUCGUCAACGUGGCAAAUUAGCGACAGCUUUAAUUCAACGUGGCACUUUAAGAAAAGGUGCACUUCUUGUGAGCGGGUUAACGUGGGCCAAAGUAAGAGCCAUGUUUGACCAUUCCGGAAAUCCAGUUAUGGAGGCCAAAUUGUCUGACGCGGUGCAGAUUAUCGGAUGGAAGAAUUUACCCACUGCCGGAGAUGAGAUAUUAGAAGUUGAGAAUGAGAGAAAGGUACGCAUGGUAAUGCGAUAUAGGGAAGCGGAGAAAGCUACACAGCUGGCACAAGAACAUAAAAUUGCAGCGGAUAAAAAGCACGAAGAAUAUCUGAAAGAAUAUAAAGAACAUCUGGCAAAGAGAAGAGCACUUGGCAGAUACAGGAAGCUGAUAACGCCUAUUAAAAAUGAAAAUCCCGAUGAUGAAAUACCCAAACUUAACGUUGUUAUAAAAGGUGAUGUCGCUGGCUCUGUAGAAGCUAUAUUAGACGUUUUUAAUACAUAUGGCAGUGACGACAAGUGUCAAUUAAGUGUCAUCCAUUAUGGCGUUGGACCUGUUGCGGAGACGGAUUUACAAAUGGCAGACACAUUUGACGCCAUCAUAUAUCCUUUUAACGUUGGUGUAACGAAAGACUUGCAACAAGAAGCUAAUAAAAAAAAGAUAUCGAUCCGUCCAUACAAUGUGAUAUACAAGCUUAUUGACGAUAUUAAAAAGGAGCUAAAUAAGAGACUUCCAAUGGUUGAUGCUGAAGAAGUGCUAGGCGAAGCAAAUGUAUUGCAAGAGUUCGAGAUCACAGAUAAGAAAAAGAAAGUAAAGGUUGCGGGUUGCCGGUGCGUCAAAGGCGUUCUCAAGAAGGACGCGAUGUACCGCUUGAUGCGUGGACAGGAAAUCCUGUAUACUGGGAAAUUGGUGUCAAUGAGACAUUUGAAAAAUGAAACGGAAACGAUCAAGACUGACGUGGAAUGCGGCUUGAGAUUCGAAGAUUCCACAUUGUCUUUCAAAACCGGGGACGUUUUAAUUUGUUAUAAAAUAUACCAAAAACCACAAGAAACUGACUGGGAUCCCGGCUUCUAAAGGAUUUUAAAGAU